GGCACACACAUGAUCCCUUGCUCCCCCAAUUCUCCAACCCCCAUUUUGUCUCUGUACCUGUACAGGUGCAAAGUCUCCAGCUCGAAUGGACUGGGAGCUGGGGAAGAGAUAUCAGAGUUCAAAGGACAGGAGGAGACCAGCGUGGCUGGUAACUGUAAUUUAGGAUCUCUUCUCUUAUUUCCCAAGAGAAGCUGCUUCUGGACCCUCCAGAUACACUUCCGUUCUCAUGGGUUCAGCUCUUCUCCAGCCGCAGCCUCCUGUUCCUCGGGACAUGCAGGGCCCACUUGUCCGGGUGGAUCUUGUUUGUCCCAGGACUCCUCUUGGGUAGGAUCCAACACAACCCAAGCAGCCACCACCCUUGGGGGCUUCAUCUAGUGUUAAGGAACUACCCUACUUUCCUGAAGAGGAGCCCAGAUCUCAAAACCAUGGCUCAGGGAUCCCUGUCACUCAAGGAUGUGACUGUGGACUUCAGUCAAGAGGAGUGGCAGCAGCUGGAUCCUGCUCAGAAGACCCUGUGUAUGGAUGUGAUGUUGGAAAACUAUGGCCACCUCAUCUCCGUAGGGUGUGAUGUGUCUAAACCCGAUGUCAUCCUCAGAUUGGAGAGAGGGGAAGAACCAUGGACAUCAUUUGCGGGUCAUGUCUGCUUAGAAGAAAACUGGAGAUCAAGUGAGUUUUUAAUGAAAUUCAAGGAACACCAAGAUAAGUAUUCUAGAUCAUUUGUAUAUAUUAACUAUAAAGAACUAACUAAAAAGAAGAGUAAUAUGUAUCAAAAGACAUUUACCCUAGUGAACAGUCCUAUUAAUUCCAAAGAUCUACCUCCUGAAUAUGACACUCAUGGAAAUAUUUUAAAAAAUGUUUCAGAAUUAAUUAACAGUAAUCUAAGUCCUUCAAGAAAGAGAUUUAAUGAGUAUGAUGGAGAUUUGAAAUCAUGCCCAAAUUCCAUGCAAGACAUGGGACAUCCUGAAAUCAAGUUCCAUACUCAAAGUGCCAAGGCUUGCAGUCACAGUGAUGUAUUGGUACAACAUGAGAAAAUAGGAACUCCAGCACAGUCAUUUGGAUAUAAUGACUAUGAGAAGCCACUUUUUAGGAAGGGAAGCUCAAAUACACAAAAUAGAGCAUACAGAGGGGAAAGUCCAUCCAUAUAUAACAAAAAGAAAAGAGCAACAAAUACUGAAAAAAAUCAUACAUGCACAGAAUGUGGGAAGUCCUUCUGCAGGAAGUCAGUGUUGAUUCUGCAUCUGGCGAUUCACACAGAGGAAAAGCCUUAUCAGUGUCAUCAGUGUGGAAAUGCCUUUAGAAGGAGGUCGUAUCUCAUUGACCAUCAGAGAACUCACACGGGAGAAAAACCCUUUGUUUGUAAUCAGUGUGGUAAGUCCUUCCGCCUAAAGACAGCCCUCACUGAUCACCAGAGAACACACACAGGCGAGAAGUCAUAUGAAUGUCCACAGUGUAAGAAUGCUUUCAGAUUGAAGUCCCACCUUAUUCGUCAUCAGAGAACUCACACGGGAGAAAAGCCAUAUGAGUGUCAUGACUGUGGGAAGUCUUUCCGCCAAAAGACAACGCUCUCCCUCCAUCAGAGAAUCCAUACAGGGGAGAAACCCUAUAUUUGUAAAGACUGUGGCAAAUCUUUCCACCAGAAAGCAAACCUCACUGUCCACCAGAGGACUCAUACAGGGGAGAAGCCCUAUAUUUGUAAGGAAUGUGGGAAAUCAUUCUCCCAGAAAACAACACUUGCUCUUCAUGAGAAAACUCAUAAUGAGGAGAAGCCCUAUAUGUGUAACGUAUGUGGAAAGUCUUUCCGCCAGAAAACAACUCUUGUGGCCCAUCAGAGGACGCAUACAGGGGAGAAGUCUUAUGAAUGUCCUCGUUGUGGGAAGGCCUUUAGAAUGAAGUCCUACCUCAUUGAUCAUCACAGAACUCACACAGGAGAAAAACCAUAUGAAUGUAAUGAGUGUGGGAAAUCAUUCAGUCAAAAAACAAAUCUCAAUCUACACCAGAGGAUUCAUACUGGGGAGAAACCCUAUGUUUGUAAUGAGUGUGGGAAGUCCUUUCGCCAAAAAGCAACCCUCACUGUCCAUCAGAAAAUACAUACAGGGCAGAAGUCUUAUGAGUGUCCUCAGUGUGGGAAAGCUUUUAGCAGGAAGUCCUACCUCAUUCAUCAUCAAAGAACUCAUACAGGAGAGAAACCCUAUAAAUGCAAUGAAUGUGGAAAGUGCUUCCGUCAAAAAACAAAUCUCAUUGUUCAUCAAAGAACUCACACAGGUGAGAAACCCUAUGUGUGUAAGGGCUGUGGCAAGUCCUUUAGUUAUAAGAGAAACCUCAUUGUCCAUCAAGGGGUUCAUAGAGAAAAUAUGGAAAUAGAAUAAAAGAAAGUGAUGUCUUUGUAAA